AUGGCGGCAAUGUCUCCUUCCUUCUCUCCCUCUCGUACCACCUGCGCUUCUCUCCUCCGCCAAUUGCAGAUGAUAUGGGAUGAGAUUGGAGAGAGUGACAGUGAUAGAGAUAAUAUGCUUCUUCAACUGGAGCAAGAGUGCCUUGACAUUUAUCAAAGGAAAGUUGAGGAGACGAGGAAGCACAAGGCUGACUUGUAUCAGUCGUUGGCUGAAGCUGAAGCCGAAGUGGCCAAUAUCAUUUCUUCCCUUGGAGAAUCUACUUCCUUCUCACGGGGGAAGGGAACUCUUAAGCAGCAAAUAGCUACCAUUAGACCUGUCUUAGAAGACUUGAGGUCAAAGAAGGAUGAUAGAAUCAAAGAAUUUUCAAAGAUAAAGUCCCAAAUUUCUCAGAUAUGUGCUGAAAUAGCAGGCUGUGGGCAGUCCAAAAAUGUCACAGAUCCAAAUCAAGGUGACCUGACAGUGAAGAAAUUAGGGGAACUCAAGUCACAUCUCCAGGAGCUUCAGAAUGAAAAGAUCUUACGCCAGCAGAAAGUGAAGAGUCAUAUCAGCACUAUUAGCGAGCUUUCGAUAGUAAUGUCAAUUGAUUUUUUGAAGACGUUAAAUGAAGUUCACCCAACUUUGGGCGAUUCAUCAAAAGGUACACCACAGAGCAUUAGCAAUGACACGCUUGCCAGAUUAACUGGGGUUAUUCACUCAUUAAAGCGAGAGAAGCAACAAAGGAUACAAAAGUUACAAGAGCUUACUAAAUUGCUGGUAGGGCUGUGGGAUCUUAUGGAGACACCAAUGGAAGAACAAAAGGCCUUUAGCCAUCUUACUAGAUUAAUUUCAGCAUCAGUUGAUGAAGUGUCAAUACAAGGGUGCCUUUCUGUUAAUGUCAUUGAGCAGGCUGAGGUUGAAGUUCAGCGCUUAAAUGUUUUGAAAGGCAGUAAGAUGAAGGAUUUAGUGUUUAAGAGGCAGCAUGAGCUUGAAGAAAUUUACAGAAGUGUUCACAUGGAUGUGGAUAGUGAAGCUGCCAAACAGGUUUUGACUAGCCUCAUUGAAUCUGGUAACAUUGAUCUUUCUGAUUUGCUUCAAAGCAUGGAUGAUCAAAUUAUAAAAGCCAAAGAGCAAGCUCUCAGCAGAAGAGAUAUCUUAGAUAGGGUAGGGAAAUGGAAAUUUGCAGCCGAGGAGGAAAAGUGGCUAGAUGAAUAUGAAAAGGAUGAAAAUCGAUAUAGUGCAGUAAGAGGAGCACACAAAAAUUUGAAGCGAGCAGAGAAAGCACGGAUUCUUGUCAGCAAGAUAGCAUCUAUUGUUGAGAACUUGACUGCAAAAGUAAAAGCCUGGGAAAUGGAAAAAGGAAUACCUUUCUUAUAUGAAAAGGUUCCAUUGUUACAUAUCUUGGAUGAAUAUAUCGUACAACGGCAACUGCGAGAAGAAGAAAAGCGCAAAUCUCGGGAGCAAAAGCGGCAACAGGAACAACAAGUUGUAGAGCAAGAGACACUUUUUGGUUCAAGAUCUGCAACGAAAAAGCCUCUGGGGCAUAGCACUACUGCUAACACCAUAGUUGGGACACCAAAUGGGCGCCGCAUGCUUGCUUCUUCAAGCCGUUAUGGAACCUCAGGAGGAAAGGAACGGAGAGAGAGUGGCAGACUAAAUAACAUAAUUCCAGUAAACUAUGUUGCUCUUCCCAAAGAUGAUUCUGUUUCUAGGGGAAGUUAA